AUGGCCAUGCCAAUGGCGUUUCCCGCCACGGCCAUCCGACCGUUACCUGGCGCUGGGACCACGCUCGUAUCAGCGCAGCAGCCCGUGAGUGCACCUGCUGUCAUGACCACCGAGUCCUUUGACGCUCCCGAGGGAAUGUACGUCUGCACCUCUCGCUUCACAUCACCACCGCAGCCCAUGAUCCAUCUCAAUCCGGUACCUACAACACAAGUCGGCUUGUCAGCCAUCUACCCUACUCCUCGUGUCUCCACCGUCAGCCCCCGAAUUCCAGUCCCCUCCAAAAAGGCAUCGGAUAGCAAUGACACAGCCACCGCUCCAGCACAUGGCGUCUUGCUGGAAGCUCCGCUCGCUUCUCAAGGCAUAGACGCACCUUCGACCAGCUUGACGGGUGGACUCCCGCCAGGCAGCGCAGGUCCAUCAGCAGGUAUCGCCGGCAUCGGUGGUCCCGGCAUGGGCUUCUCCGGCCUUGGCGAGACCAUGGGCAAGCUGAGUGCCAAACCUACUCGGCCCAAGAACAGUCUCAAAAACACCUCAAGCAGCUUUGUCAACCGCAUGAUGACCCAUCCAGACCUCGCAAAGAUCCUCAGCGCCCGCACCGAGAACGAGAACUUCACCUUCUUGACCAACGCUCGCUCCUUGUUCUGGCUCGCAGACACCACCGGCAGGACCAAAGAGAGUCUCGGCCGCAUCACCUUUGGCGCUUCUCCAUCAGUUCACGACGUCAAUCAGUUCACCCGCGCACACGAUCGUCUUGACCUCAUCAUUGGCUUUGUCACCGGCGAUCUCAUCUGGUUGGAUCCCAUUGCUGCCAAGUACACCCGUGUCAACAAGGGUGGCUGCAUCGCCAACUCGGCUGUCACACAGGUUCGAUGGCUGCCGGGAAGCGAGAACCUCAUCAUGGCCGCGCACGCCGAUGGUAGCAUUGUCGUCUACGACCGCGAGAGGGAGGACCCCAGCGACUUCAGUCCCGCGACGUGGGAGGCUCUUGCUGGCAGCACCGCUUCUUCGUCCAGUGCCGCGCUUCAAUCGGCCCUGGGUGUGCCCGGCACACUGUCGUCAGCAGCCAUGUCGGCAAGCCAGACGUCCGCUUCCAACGCAUCGUCCUCUUCCAAUCCGAGCACAUCGGCCGUUGGUCCAGGGCUCGCUUCGGGCAUCACCGAGUCGCGUCCCAUGCUGGGCAAUCGGACGGUCACCAGCUCGACCGCCACCACCACAACCCAGGCCGACAUCGGCGACACCAAUCUCUCCACCAGCUCUGGAAGCGCGACGCAUCUGCCUAAACCUCGCAACGGCGUCGCGCCAGGCACGCUCUCUCAGCGUCGUCAAGCCGCGGACUCCACCUCAGACGGCCAACCACUGCUCCUGGUCACCAAGCCAGGCUCGGUUCCCAUCGCCUCCGGAAUUCCCUCUGGCAAUUCCCUCCACUCGCGCGAGUACCAGCAAGCCGCCGCAGCCGCCGCCGUCGCCGCUGCCAACGCCAGCGGCCUUUCCGGCAAGGGCAAGGAAACCGCCUGGUCCCGACUCAACCCCGUCUCGCACUGGGCGGUCUCCAAAACCCGAAUCACCGACUUUGCCUUCUCGCCCGAUUACUCGCACGUCGCCAUCACCGCCGAGGACGGCAUCCUUCGCAUCGCCGAUGUCAACUCCGAGCGGCUGCUCGACACGUUCGAGUCGUACUUUGGCGGUCUCAACUGCAUCGCUUGGUCUCCGGACGGAAAGUUUCUGCUCACCGGUGGCGAAGACGACCUGGUGACGGUGUGGGCGCCGAGGGAGGGUCGCAUCGUAGCGCGCUGUCAGGGACACACAUCGUUCGUCACUGGGCUAGCAUGGGAUCCAUGGCGGUGGUCGUCCGAGGACCGCACUUAUCGAUUUGCAUCUGUGGGUGAGGACUGCAAGAUGAUUCUCUGGGAUUUCUCAAGUGCUGCGCUCAAUCGGCCGAAGACGUAUGCCCCUCAUGCGAACGGCCCGCGCCGAAGCUCGGUCGGGCUCGGAUCGACCUACUCGCUCGGUGCGGACAAACAUGGCGUCUCAUCGAUCAGGUCCCCCGCCUCAGCCAGGCGGGUCAGCACCAACCUCGGCAGCUACGAUAGGGACGGUCUGACGGACGACACGAUUCGACACCCGGCAUUGCCCAGAUCGGAAGUGGCGAUUUUGCAGCCUGUAGUGACGGUCGAGGUGGAUGGUGAGAUCCCAACGUCCCUGCGAUUCAGUCCGGACAAGGUGGUGGUGGUGAGGAAGAACGCGGCGGUGGACACAUUUACCAGACCACUGCCGAAGCGGCCUACGAGCGUGGUGGCCAGCGUUGGAGCAGGAGAGAGGACGAGCGGCGUGGCAGGCGCGAGGUCGAGGAUGGGACUGUUGGGACGCGGAGGGAGAAUGUUGGAGCCAUUGAAGAUCGGUGAGCCCGGUGCGAGGGUGCCGUCGUCAGUGACGACGCCGACGACUCCGAGAAAUGCCACCGCGGCCAAUGGCAACGGUAUCACUGCAUAG